AAUCGAGCUGAGUCCAUUGCGAUGUUCGAGUCGAUUUCAUUCAUUCAUCCUGGAACAGAGUGGGGUGAAAGGAUCUGGGAUUUCCUCCUGGUUCACUACUUCCCCCACGAACCCAUUUUAAGAUCUUCAGGUGCUUUCAAGUCGGAUUCGUGGCUUUUGAAUUGGGGCAAAUGUCUGUUCUACAGCAUAUUCGUGGACAAAUGUCUACGAGAGCGCAAUAGUAUCAUCGCCAUUGACGACGAGUCUCAAGACAUCCUUGGUGUUAAACUGGGAUAUAUAGCUACUAUUGCAGACCAUGGCUCGGAAGCGCCUCAUUUCCUCCUAGAAUGGGUGGACUACGUAUCUUGCCUUCUACCUAAUAGCCUUUUCAAGGCCCUAAUGUGCGAGAAACUCGUGGGAAUACUCCUCCGGUAUGACCCGUUCCUCGCCAUGGAGGACUUGGAUUGCCACAAGAUCUACAUGGGUGAGACCCUUUGUGUGGCCGAAAUGGCCCGAGGUCAAGGCUUGGGUUCUGAGCUGGUUCAACGAUCUUUGGAGCAUUCUCGGGAACAGAGAUGCGAGUUCUAUUUGGUCUCGGCCACCGGGUUGUACUCUCAGAGGAUUUACCAUUCCCUGGAGUUCCAAGUGAUGAAAAUUGUGCGAUAUGACGAAUUCAAAGACCGAUCUGGACUGACAGUGAUUGAUGAUGCCCAAGAGCACACCCAUGCCCAGACUAUGUUCAAGGCAAUUUUAUGAAACACCAGCCCCUAAUUGACGUUGUUUGCUCUUGAAGAGCGCGAGGAAUUCACUCGAUUCCCUUUGCGAUAGAGAAAAAAAAUGUAGAUCCUUCCUCGACCUGACCUUGAGAAGAGACGGUUUUGAGAUUACUUCGGAUGACUAAAGCCGUGGAGGUGUGGACUUAGACGGUAGAAUGUUGCUGGCUGUGAAUGGGAUUUUGAGUAAUUGGCAAUCUUCUUCCACCAAUAAAAGAUUAUUUCCAUACCCAAUGGACCUGAGGACGAAGCUAAAGUAGGCCCAGAGCUGCUUCAUUCUCGCGGCCUCUCAUGUCUGGGAUCUCAAUCAAUCCCCCCCCCCCCCCCUCAUCCCUCUCCUUCCUCCGGUGAGUCCCUUUUGAAGCGCUUUGCUGUUAAUACAUAUUGAUUAGUGGUGUGGUUGCCGAGGGAAAAGCACAAAAAACCAUCACGAGUGACCAAGAAUACCAGGAAUUGUUCCAAUGAAACGUUCGCCGAGCCACGUGGCUCGAAAACAACAGCACGGAUUUGUGGCAAUUGCGGACGAAAACGAACUCGAGGAACUGAAGAAACCUCUUUUGAAGUGCUUGUGUCCUAUCUAACGGACGAGUCCUGGUUCCAGAGCUAUCGUCGCGAACUAGGUAGUUUAUGGAUCCCUUUGCAAGCGUUGCUGUCUGGAUGGUUUUAGGAGAUAAUUCCCUCACGUUUCAACCAUGAAUUAUCACGCUAACAAGGCUCAAUCUCCCGAGAAUGGGAUGCAAUUAGAUUUCCAUCAAGAAAAAGCCUCAGCGUGAGUGAGUGGCAUGACCAACCAUCUUCCGGCUAUUUUGAGCAGGUGAACAGAAAUCGAGAUUGAUAUCGCGAAUAAAGAAGUAGAAAACGUAUUUUUAGUCGGGUAUCAAAAACAAACAAAGAACAUGAAUAAAAUGUUUGUCCCUUGGCCAAUAUUUGGUAUCAAAUUA